CCCAAUUGCAACCACAACCAAAAUGGCAUCAAUCAACACACCAGCCGUGGUGAUGGGUACCGGUACCGGUUUAACCAAGUUGGGUUUGGCCGGUAACGAUUCGCCAUCCUUCGUUUUCCCAACCACAAUUGCCACACGCUCGACCUCUGCGUCGUCCAAACCUUCGAAGCUGACGUACCUCUCGGGGAAAUCGUCCAACGUGGCCUCCAAGCGCGGCACAGAGGACUUGGACUUUUUCAUCGGUGACGAGGCGCUCAGUGCGGCGAAUGGCCCGAACUAUAGUUUAUCGUAUCCAAUUAGGCACGGGCAGAUCGAUAAUUGGGACCACAUGGAGCGGUUCUGGGAAAGCUCCAUUUUCAAGUACUUGAGAUGCGAGCCGGAAGACCACUACUUCCUCAUGACCGAACCGCCGUUGAAUCCGCCGGAAAACAGAGAAAACUUGGCGGAAAUCAUGUUUGAGUCGUUCAACUGCGCCGGUUUAUAUAUUGCGGUGCAGGCGGUGUUGGCGUUGGCGGCCUCCUGGACGAGCUCCAAGGUGCAAGACAGAUCGUUGACCGGGACGGUGAUCGACUCUGGUGACGGUGUGACGCACGUUAUUCCCGUGGCUGAAGGCUAUGUCAUUGGCUCUGCAAUCAAAAACAUCCCGAUUGCGGGACGUGACAUUACGUUGUUCAUCCAGUCGCUCCUCAGAGACAGAGGCGAGUCCGAUACCUCGUUGAGAACGGCCGAGAAAAUCAAGCAGGACUUCUGCUACGUGUGCCCGGACAUUGUCAAGGAGUUCACCAAGUUCGACUCGCACCCAGACAAGUUUGCGCAGUAUAUGGUAGAGACGACCCAGCAGCGGAAGGUGGUGGACGUGGGCUAUGAGCGUUUCCUUGCUCCGGAAAUCUUCUUCAACCCAGAAAUCGCGUCCUCUGACUUUCUCACCCCACUUCCAACCGUGGUCGACCAAGUCAUCCAGGCGUCGCCGAUCGACGUUAGAAAGGGCUUGUACAAGAACAUUGUGCUUUCCGGGGGUUCCACCAUGUUCAAGGACUUUGGGCGCCGUUUGCAGCGCGACAUCAAGGACAUUGUCAAGGAGCGCAUCCAGUUAAGCGAGAGAUUGUCCGGCUCCAAGAGCACCGGUGUGGAUGUGAAUGUUAUUUCCCACAGAAGACAGAGAAAUGCCGUCUGGUUCGGAGGCUCCUUGUUGGCCCAAACUGCAGAGUUCAAGAGCUACUGUCACACCAAGCAGGACUACGAUGAGUACGGGCCAAACAUUGUCCGUAACUUCUCCUUGUUUGGUGUACCAUAGUUGUACGUGUACACAUUUUGAUUUGAACUAUAAUUUGUAGGUAAAUAGAGGAGAUGCAUAUCCAGUCAGUGGGAGCUGAUCGGAAAUAGGGCACUAGCGCUGAUCUUGGGGAGUUACGCAUUGGCGAAGCUCAAAGGUUAAUUGUCGUAUCAAAAGAUAUGCAUGUGAUACACAAUAGCUAUCACCCAAGACAGUGUGUAUGCACCCAUACUUCGUA